UACUAAUUAUUACUAUUAUAUACUAAUAGAAUAUAUAGGCUUAUAAAAUAUAUAUUUAUGGGUUUCUUGUUGCUUGCACGAACAAAUGCCUUUUAAUUACUUUAAAAUAAAAUAAAAAUGCUUCUCUGCUUUGAAAAAAAGAAUUAAUAAUAAAUUAUAAUGCCAUAUUUUUCAAGAAUUUUAACAUUUAAUGAGACUUUUUUCCUUUUGCUAUACAUUAGGACAGUCGAAACAUUUCAAACUGACUUUUAAUUAAGUGAAUGCCGAAUCAUCAUCAUUAAAGGGUUCUGCCCAAGUUAUUUUAUGAAUUAAAAUGCAUUUUUGAAUAAAUGAUUAGAACAAAAUGAACAUUAUGUCAUCGCGAGUGUAUGUGAGCAUGCACACAACCUCCUUUUCUCAGGAGAAAAUAAUUCCCUUUAGUUCUCUAUCGUAACAGCCAUGUAACAAAGCAAAGUAUGCAAAUUAGUUUACACUUCAAGCCACUACUAAAACCAGCUGAUCCGUUAUGUCGAAACUUUCAAACUUUGGAUUGCGCUCUUCUUCGAAUGGGGAAAUUCCCGAUGUUGAUGGAAUAUAAAGCCACAGUGCACCGUCCACAAACACAUUCAACCGAAGCCUCUCACAAGGGAAACAACGAUUUAACUGACUCAGUAGCUCCAGACAGGGAACUGAACUAAACGACUGAACGAUGGCAUGCCAAGGACACUGUAUUUUGACUUCGGAUGCGCACCAGACAGACAUGAUGUACCCUGACAUUUCUGGCUUUGGUGAACUGACCUGCCCAGAUCAUCAUCUAGCCAUGAUUUGCCAAUGCGACAUGAAAAAAGACAUCAAAGUGGAACUGUCGCCGCAUCCUCACAGCAUGAGGCAGGUGGUGAACAUCAUCAUUGCUGUGGAAAGGUUGAAGAACAUCAAAAAAAUGUCUUCUGGAAAGUUUUGUGAAGAUGCGCUGCUCAACUUCUUCUUGGAGAAUGUGAUCGAAGAACGUGAAAUGAAGCCGCUUAACACAACACCGAUUUACCAUAAGUCCGACCGGACCCUACAGUGCACCAUUUGUGAUAAGUACAAAAAGACUCUGGUGCAGAGCAACAAACUAACCAAUGAAGAUCUUCAUUUGAAGGCUGUGACGCUGAGUGCAGGAUCCAUUCAAUACAAAGUUAAAUUCAGUAUGUCAAUGUACAUAUCGACUACCUCACAAAAUAAAGGCCGGGCUGUGUGUCUGGGAAUUUCUGACACCAACCUCUACAUUGCUUGUUCAAAGUCUGAUGGUUCUUCCCCCGUCCUGUUCUUGAAGGAGGUUAAUGGCUCCCUGAACACCAUUGAAGCAGGUGACCCGAACGAGUAUGACAGCCUCCUCUUCUUCAGGAAAGAGUCCGGCACGGCUUACAGCUCUUUUGAAUCUGUUAAAUAUCCUGGAUGGUUUAUUACCACAGCUUUUGAGGACUGGAAGAGGGUGGAAAUGUACCAGGUGCCAACUGACCGAACCAUGAACUUCACACUUGAGGAUCAACAAGAAAUUAAGAAUCAGAUUUGAUCCAUAAACACAUUUCCAGAGAGUAUGUACCAUGUACAGUUUAUAAUCUGGAUUUAUUCAAACAUGUUACAAACCUGUAUGAGUUUAUGUAUCAGUCUGGGAUUUUUUUUUUCUCGAAUAUAUAUGUGUAAGGUUUGUGUUGGGAACGGUAAAUUCAUGUUGAAUUCCUUAAGUAUGAACUGUAUGUGCCUAUUUGUAUUAAUUUAAUUUUUUAAUUAUUUUUAAUAUUUAUUUUAAAUUAUUUUUUAAAUCAAACUUGUUUUACACUGUACUGAUUUUUUCUUAUAUUUAAAUAAACCUAAG